UUUCCUGUCCAUACCGCCUUUUUGAUCCAGUUGUUUGACGCAAACCCUUCGACCUUUUUGGAACAGGCAAGAGAAGAGUUGAUGAAGCAGUUUGGACUACCCGUUGCUAUUUCUUCUUUGUAUGUGCAUAUUAGUGAAAAGUGUUGCUUGGCAUUAAAGCAAGCUAGUAAAUACACAAUUGAAAGGGAUGCACCUAGAACGCUCAAUCUCCGCUACGAAAUCAUCAACAAGUGGAUAGAAGCCAGUGUUGAUUUCCAGAAAAACUGUGUGUCUAUUGAUGAAGCUGGCUUUCACUCUCGACUGAUGAGAGGGCGUGUAUGGUCGAAAGUUGGUGCUCUAGCGAAUGUAAAAGUGCACACACAAAAAGGCGUUAGUUAGAGCAUGAUUGGGUGUAUAUGUGCUAGAGGAAUUAUAAGCUUUACCAAAGUUAUACCUUUGAAAAUAGGGGAUGGUGAGUUGAUAGAGAAAGAGUUUCAUUCCGAGGUAUCAGCUAAAAAAGAAAGCGCAACACUGAAGAGCCUAAAAACAAAAGCCUUUAAAGAAAGGUACUACGGCUUAUCAUAUAGUCAAAUAUAUAAAAUCUGUAAAGGAUGUAUUUG